GCUGAUGCCGAUGCGGUCCACCAUUAUGACCAAUCGUAAUAUUAAUUGUUACUCCUAAUGCCAACCAAGAAAUCAAGAAUAUUAAUGAUGUCGCUUCUCGUCCUGGCGAUCAAUGUUACCGUCGCCAAUAUAAGAAGGUCCCUUGGCCUCGUCGCAUCCGCGGCCUCGCAACUACUCUGCGGAGAAGUGCUCAACCGCCUCCAGAUAGUCAAGAUGCUGAGCAAGUUUGUGCUUGCGGCCUCGCUGCUUGUCGCACCAGCCUUUGCCGAUCUUCAAACAAUCACAAGUAGUAACCACAGUCGAAGCUAUUGGAUUCACGCACCAGAUGAUUUACAGGACGGGAAGACGUACCCUGUGGUGAUCGCUUUUCACGGGAGCAGCAAGCUUGGCUUCGAUAUUGAUGGGUUUGCGAUGGAAGCCGAUGUCAGACUGUCACUCCCCCUGGUGCCGACCCCAUACUCUACCAACCGAUAUUUUGUUUAUCCAAAUGGUGUCGGUGGAGUAUGGGCUGGUCCAUCCUACGGCAAUGUCUCAGUUGCCGAAGAUCUUCAAUUUGUUAGCGAUCUGAUUGCCGAUAUUAAGGAAAAGUAUAGCGUCGAUAGUAGUCGCAUCUAUGCUACUGGCUUGUCAAACGGCGCUGGGUUUGUUGGAACUAUUGCCUGCAGCAGUGUUGGCGGUCAAUUCGCUGCUCUGGCUCCUGUUGCUGGAUCCUUUUAUACGGAUUUUAAUGGGACGAAUUGCACCCCAGCCAGAUCACCGCUUCCCAUUCUCGAGAUUCACGGAGGGAGCGACAAGACCGUUUAUUAUAAUGGCGGCCAGGGUGAAGGCGGCUUGUUACCUGCUAUUCCUAUCUGGCUUGGAUACUGGGAAAAAAGAAACGGGUGCACAUCAAACAACUCGACUGUGAGUAGUGACAAUGGCAAUGUCCACCACACAACAUGGCUAUGUGGCGGGCAAAAUGGGACAUUGCAACAUUGGAAGGUUGAUAAGAAUGGUAUGUGUUCCAUUAUUCCUAGUGAAUGCAAAUACCUUUGUAUACUCACAAUCAGUUUCUUAGGGCAUGAUUGGCCGUCGAAAACUAUCAAUUUCGAUAUGAUGGCUGCAGGAAUGGGCCCUCAGCCUAUCGAAGCAAACGAUAUUGUUAUAGACUUUUUUGAUCAAUUCUCGCUCAUUGAUUGACUGAACAGAAUUUUAGAAUUCAUAUAUGAAUUUGAAUCAUUCAUUACAACUGCCAAGAAGGCCACUACUGCCUUGCACCUGAAUAGAAGAAUAUAUACUACCCCAUGGCCUGUUAUGCACUUAUACUCAUACAUACAAAAUUAAAUUCAUAAUAGAACAUGUCUUAGAUCGGUUGAUAGCAAUACAUGUCCAUGUUGACGAAACUUCUGUCAACAGCAAAAGGA